GAAACCGCUAUUAUAAAUGGCCCCGGACAUACUCACUGAAACGAGCACACGACUACAUACAUCCCCUAGCGAUUCCUAGCUAACGCCGCUCCACUUCUCUAUAAUUCUGCACUAUGGUUCGUCAAAUGCAGAUGGUGGACGAGGUCCCCGGCUGGCUCCGUGUCUACGAGGACGGCUCCGUCGACCGGACGUGGACUGGACCGCCGGAGGCCAAGUUCAUGGCCGAGCCCGUGGCCCCCCACGAGGAAUUCAUCGACGGGGUCGCCGUCCGUGACGUCGUGACCGACAGGAAGUCCGGCCGCCGCGUCCGCAUCUACCUCCCGGAGGACAUCCCGGAGGCCGACUCAGCCAAGCUCCCCGUCAUCCUCCACUUCCACGGCGGCGGCUUCUGCAUCAGCCAGGCCGACUGGUUCAUGUACUACAACACCUACACCAAGCUGGCCGCCUCGGCCCGGGCCAUAUGCGUCUCGGCCUACCUGAGGCUGGCCCCGGAGAACCGGCUGCCCGCGGCCAUGGAAGACGCCUACGCGGCCCUCGAGUGGCUCAUUUCGGUGGCUCGGGGCGAGUCCCGCGAGCCGUGGCUCGAGGAGCACGCGGAUUUCAGUAGGGUUUUCCUCAUUGGAGACAGUUCGGGGGGCAACGUGGUGCACGAGGUGGCUCGCAGGGCCGGGGAGGCGGAGGACUUGGGGCCGGUGAGGUUGGCCGGGGCGAUCCCGAUCCACCCGGGGUUCGUCCGGGCGGAGCGGAGCCAGUCCGAGCUGGAGCAGCCCGAGACGCCGUUCCUGAAUCGGGCCAUGGUGGACAAGUUCCUCAGCUUGGGGCUGCCCGAGGGCGCGACCAGGGACCACCCGCUGACGUGCCCGAUGGGGCGGGCGGCGCCGGCGUUGGAGGGGCUGAGGUUGCCGCCGGUGCUGUUCUGCGUGGCGGAGAAGGACCUGGUGCUGGACACCGAGAUGGAGUUCUACAAGGCGAUGAAGGCGGCGAACAAGGAGGUGGAGCUGCUGGUGAGCCGCGGGAUGACGCACAGCUUCUACCUGAACAAGAUGGCCAUCGAUACGGACCCCGCCACGGCCGAGGAGACCGACCGGCUCAUGGCGGGCGUCACCGAGUUCAUCAAGAAGCACUGAGCGGAAUCAAAAACCCGACGAAUAAAAAGUGGCGAGGAAUAUAGCAAAGAUACGUUCUUGGGGUUGUCUUCAUGUCGUCCAGUGAUUUUUUUUUUCUUUUAAAUUUUCCCGUUCGUCUGUUUGCUGCAAAUGCCAAGAAGAUAAAAAGACCAAAAAAAUAAUAAUAAAUAAGGUUUUAUGUUCGCCGGGAGUGCA